CACUACAAAAAGGUUAUUUACCGUAUUUCUAUGGUAUCAAAACAGCUUUGGCCUAAGGAAUGUUAAUCAGUUCAUAGAGUUUAAUUAGUAAGACUGCUUCUGUGAUAGUGUGACAAACGAAAAUAUAUCAUCCAAAAUGAAAUACGUUGUGUGCAUUGGGUUGUGCUUGGCAGUAGUUAACGGCAUGCCAUUUGAAGUUGCUGAAUAUAAAGAAGGAGAGCAGUAUUACAUGGUUCCCCUUAGCAGAACAAGAAGAUCUCCUCAGUCUCAAACUGGUGUGGACGUGAACAAACAAGGAGUUUCUCUAAAUCACGGAGGAAAUAUCUUGGACAGGAACGGACAUACCCUCGAUGGGUCUGCAUAUGCAAGCAAAGGAUACCAUUCACCUGGACUCCGACCAGAUGCGUUUGGUGGACAGGUGAACUACAACCAUUAACCUUCCAGGACCUCAGCGUAUCUUGGUGCAGAUCAUGUUAGAGGAUCUGGUACGGAUGCCAGAGCUGGAGUGCAACAUCAUUUUUACAGGAACAAAAAUUUCAACCUGGGAGCAGGUAUAGAAGCUCAGAGAUACUUCGGAGUCCCAUUUGGCAAUGGCCCCACCCAAUUUGGUGGCGUUAUCCGUGGUACUGGCCGAUUUUAG